AUGCAGCAGGUACUCAGGCCCCUUAUUACUGUGGUCGGUGCCACAGGUACCGGAAAGUCAAAACUCGCCGUCGACCUUGCUCUCGCCCUCAAUGGUGAGAUAAUCAACAGCGAUGCAAUGCAAAUGUACCGUGGCCUUGAUGUCAUCACCAAUAAACACCCGCUCGAGGAGCGAAUGGGAAUCCCGCACCACCUCAUGGACUUCCUAAAUCCUGAAGAAGCCUGGCGGAUAGGGCAAUGGUUAUCAGUCGCACUGAACACAAUUGAGGACAUCAGAAGCCGAGGGAAAGUUCCAAUUGUUGUUGGUGGAACCCAUUACUACAUGCAGUCGUUGCUCUUUCAAGAGCGACUGCAGGAUUUUGAAGAUAAAAUGGAAAGUGGGGAAUACCCCAACCAUCGGGAGUCUAUGGUUGCAAAAUUCCCUGUUCUAAAUGGCCCAACCUCGGAGAUUCUGGAAGAGUUAAGACGAAGAGACCCGGUGAUGGCGAACAGAUGGCACCCAAAUGAUCGAAGGAAGAUACUAAGGUCACUGGAGAUAUGCUUGACAACAAAUAGGAAAGCAUCGGAACUGUAUGCCGAAGAGCAAGAGAGGAAUGCCGAUAAAUCCACUGCAAGAUUCUCAAAUCUUUUAUUCUGGGUGCAUGCGAAUGAUGAUGUUUGGUCGGAAAGGCUGAAGGGAAGAGUGGAUAAGAUGAUUGAACAGGGUUUAUUUACAGAAAUCGAUGGGUUGCAUAAACUAUACAAGGAGAACAAGGAAAUAGAUACAACAUCGGGGGUAUGGCAAAGUAUCGGAUGGAAGGAAUUUCUACCUUACCUAACAGCGAGAGACGAGCUCGAGAGUUGGCCUGAAGACGACCUAGAGAGCAAGAAGGAACUGGCAACAGAACUCGAAAGAUUGAAAACCGAGAACAUCGGGAAGAUGAAUACCGCGACGAGGGCUUAUGGGAAAGCCCAGCUAAGAUGGAUUCGAAUAAAACUACUGAACAGGCUAAUCGCCGACAAGGCCUCACUUCCAGAGGGUGGAAUGUAUCUGCUUGAUACAUCAGAUCUUGCAAAAUGGGAUGAAAUUGUACGAGAUCCAGCUAUAAAGAUCGCUCGAGACUUCCUAAACCCAGAUAUCCCGAAUGAAUCCCUUCCGAAGCCAGCAGAGGUUGCCACCCUCCCAUCAGACCUCCUUAAGCCGUACAAAGAAGAUAUGUCAAUGAAUCGCUCUCUAUGGGUUAACAAAACUUGCGAACACUGUCACUUCACUUCUGUGACUGAAAAACUCUGGGAAAAUCAUGUCAAUGGAAGAGCUCAUAGACGACUAGUUGGGAGGAAACUAAAGAAAGAACAGAUACAACUAGUUAAAGUCCUCAAAGUUGCAAGCUCAGGCAGCCCAACUCCACCCGAAGACAAAGAAUUGGAUGUCUCUAUAUUUGACGAGGCCUCUGCUUAG